AAGAUGAGCAAUAUUAAUGUUCAAUUGCUGGGAUACAGAUUCAAACCAACAGAUGAAGAAAUCAUCUCUUACUAUCUGGAAAAAAAGAUGGCUCGCUUUCAUUUCCCUCACAACGUAGUAAACGAAGUUGAAAUUUGCAACUUCGAACCUUGGGAAUUGCCUAAGCUUUCAGCGCUGUCAGAUGAUGAAGAGUGGUACUUUUUCAGUAAACCUUGCAAGUAUGGAAACGGAAAAGGGAUAAAAAGAAAGACACCGGCUGGACACUGGAAAGUGACGUGUAGUGAUCGUUGUGUUUGGGACGACAGCGAAGAGAAUGAGAUUGGGAAGAAAACGACUUUGGUUUUCUACAAAGGCCGUGGUUCGAAAGCGGUGAAGACCGACUGGAUGAUACAUGAAUACCAUUCCAACAGAGCCUAUUCUUACCAGAAUGCAUUUGUUUUCUGUCGCCUUACAGGACAAUUAGAUGAUGAUGGGUCAAACAGCCACAGUUGA